UUUGUUGGCCAUCGAUCGUUUCAAAACAGGAAAAGCCAUUUAUGUUUAUUUCUUUCUUUCUUUUCCUUGUUUGCAAGUGAACCAAACAGAACAUAAACAUAAGCAGAAGCAGAAGCGGGUUCACUUGAUUUUUCCUUCCAAAUCUCGAUCCUCUCUCCCAAUCCAAGUAACCCCUUUUGCUUAUUCUCACAAAUCCCAUUCAUUUCGUUUUCCGUUACCUUUUCAAACCGUUUCAUUUGGUUACAUUUGCAUAACCCACAAAGUUCCAACACAUAAACAAGAGGACCCAGAAGGAUCGCUUCAUAAAGAAACAAACUUUUGGGUUUGUUUUGAUCGAUUUUGGCAUAUUGAGAAAAGGGUCGUGUGGAGGCACAAGUUUUUGCAAGAGGGUGUUUUAGAGAGAGAGAGAAAAAAAAAAAAAAGAACAAAGGCGUGUUUGGCGAUGGUGAUUUUGAACCUUGGGAGGAAGGAGGGGCAGGGAAUGCGACUUGGGAAAUAUGAGUUGGGAAAAACUCUUGGAGAAGGCAAUUUUGGAAAAGUGAAGUUGGCAAGGGACACCAAUUCUGGCAAACUUUUUGCUGUUAAGAUCCUUGAGAAGAGCAAGAUCAUUGACCUCAAUAACACUGAUCAGCAGAUAAAGAGGGAAAUAUCCACCUUGAAGCUCCUAAAGCAUCCCAACGUUGUUAGAUUAUACGAGGUCUUGGCUAGCAAAACCAAAAUCUAUAUGGUGCUUGAGUACGUGAAUGGAGGAGAGUUAUUUGACAAAAUUGCAUCCAAAGGCAAACUUAAAGAAGCUGAAGGUAGAAAGAUAUUCCAACAGUUGAUUGAUUGUGUGAGCUUCUGCCACAAUAAAGGUGUCUUUCACAGGGAUCUCAAGCUGGAGAAUGUACUUAUGGAUGCCAAAGGGAACUUAAAGAUAACCGAUUUUAACCUUAGUGCUUUGCCCCAGCAUUUUAGGGCAGAUGGAUUGCUGCAUACAACUUGUGGAAGUCCCAACUAUGUUGCUCCUGAGAUUCUUGCCAAUAAAGGCUAUGAUGGUGCAACAUCAGAUAUAUGGUCAUGUGGUGUUAUCUUGUAUGUAAUACUAACAGGAUACCUUCCUUUUGAUGACAGAAAUCUUGCAGUUCUCUACCAAAAGAUUUUUAAAGGAGAUGUUCAGAUGCCAAGAUGGUUAUCACCUGGCUCUCAAAACAUUAUAAAGAGAAUGCUUGAUCCUAAUCCUAAAACCCGGAUAACGAUGGCUAUGAUCAAAGAAGAUGAAUGGUUCAAGGAAAGUUAUACUCCUGCAAAUCCAGAAGAUGAGGAUGAGGAAGAGAAUGUAUAUAUUGAUGAUGAAGCCUUUUCCAUCCAUGAUGUGUCACUUGAAGCAGAUCAGGAGGGUCCAAGAUCACCAACCCUUAUCAAUGCAUUUCAGUUGAUAGGGAUGUCUUCAAGCCUAGAUCUCUCUGGCUUUUUUGAGCAAGAGGAUGUCUCUGAGAGGAAGAUAAGAUUUACAUCCUCCCAUUCACCGAAAGAUUUGAAUGAGAGGAUAGAAGACAUUGUAACAGAAAUGGGAUUUAGAGUCCAAAAGAAAAAUGGGAUGUUGAAAGUGACACAAGAGAGUAAAGAGCAGAAAAGUCUAGGUAGCCUCUCAGUGGCAGCACAGGUGAUUGAAAUAAGUCCAUCCUUGUAUGUGGUUGAGUUAAGCAAGGCUUGUGGAGAUGCUUCUAAAUAUAGACAGUUAUGCAAGAAGUUAUCAAAUGAUUUGGGUGUUCACCCAAAGCAACAAAUAGGAAGCACAGAAGAUUUGGAAGCCAGAUAAUGUGUAUAUUUUGCCUUUUUUUUUUUGGGGUGGGAUAGUUACGUAGGAGUAUAGAAAUAUCAAUUGUAUAUACCAUUUUCACCAUAGAGUUAGUGAUGUGCCUCUAUCUCUAUUUAGAUAAAAGAAGAGCACCAUUAUUUAUUUAUUUAUUUAUUUCAACCUCCAUCGAGUUUUGCCUCUAUCUCUAGUGAGUGAUGUUCUAGUCAACCUGAAUAAUGGCAUCAUGUUUGUAUCAUUGAAUUGAAACAAUGAAACAUCAAUUUAUAAUUUUUGAUGCGGAAAACAAA